AUGGGCUCAAUAUGUAGCUCCCUGGAAUAUUCGACAGAUUCCUCAAAUACUUCCCCCAAUUCCAAAUAUAAUUUAUACAAAACGACAAACAUUGCCUCCGACCAUCAUCAUAACAACAACACUCACCAUCAUAACCACAACAACAACAAUACACUGUCGAAUGGUGGCUACAAUUCAAGCCAUAGUACGGGUGGAUACCUUACAGAAAUGGAGUCCUCGCAGCAAAAUUCAACAACGAUCCAGAUUCGGGUGACCUCAACAAAUUCCGUAAGCACUAACAAGAACACAUCAUCUUCGACUGGUAAAAUAAGGUCUUCUAAGGAAAGUGAAACCGGGUCGAAUCAAUCGAAUGUUUCCUCAAACUCCCAUAAAGCGCAAAUACCGCAUUCAAUAUCCUCUUCCAAUAUUCGAGUACAACCAGUAGAUUGGGAUCCCAUUGCCUUCGCCGAAAUGGAAAUUGAGAAACGACAGAGAGAUCCACGAACUUCAACAUUAAGACAAUCUUUGGAAAUGUUCAGGUUUCCUUCCAGGGCUUCCUCGUUGAAUGGAGCUCAGGUCAUUCUCAGACAAUUUUCUCAUUUUGGAACUUUAAAAACUACUCGACCUAUUGAAGAAUCUGAAAAGAGAAGUUUUGCCGAGAAUGUUCUCAAUUUACUCACCAAGAUGGGAGAAUUCAACUUUAAGGAUUUUCCCACGUUUGUUGGAAUGAAAGUCACUGAAGUACUCAUGCAUCUCUUUACCAUUAGUGACUUUAAAGCUAAAAAAGAUUACAUUGAGAAACAAAAUGCUAAAAAAUAUGAAAAUGAAAUCAAGACAGAACCUAUCACGUGGAAUAGUUUGACAUACAUAAGCAAAGAUGCCUAUAAGAAGAAGAAGAGCUUACUCCAGCUCACUUAG